CAGUGUAUACUUAGUGAUAAUUAUACUUGCUUUUGUGUCAUUGAUUUAUAUGCCUCCCCCCCCACCCCCUGCCCCCUUUUUGUUUUCAUUGUCUUUAAAUGCAGCUAUUCGGAGGAAGGAAAAUGGCUGGUAUGAUGAGGAGCACCCGCUGGUCUUUCUUUUCUUGGGAUCAUCUGGAAUAGGUAAAACCGAGCUGGCCAAGCAGACAGCCAAGUACAUCCAUAAGGAUGUCAAAAAGGGUUUCAUCAGACUGGACAUGUCAGAGUUCCAGGAGAGGCACGAGGUCGCCAAGUUUAUCGGGUCUCCCCCUGGCUACGUGGGCCACGAGGAGGGCGGGCAGCUCACCAAAAAGCUGAGGCAGUGUCCAAAUGCUGUGGUGCUCUUCGACGAAGUUGACAAAGCCCACCCGGACGUCCUCACCAUCAUGCUGCAGCUCUUCGACGAGGGCAGACUGACAGACGGGAAGGGGAAGACCAUUGACUGCAAAGAUGCCAUCUUCAUCAUGACCUCCAACGUGGGAAGCGAUGAGAUCGCCCAGCACGCCCUGCAGCUCCGGCAAGAGGCCGCGGAGAUGAGCAAGAAAAGGAUCGCAGAAAACUUAGGUACUGCUCUUUCAGCCUCAUGCUUCAAAUCCCUAAAGAACCCCCUUCUCCCUCUGCUUUGGGCUUGCUCUGUUCCAAAAAUCCUCCUUAUUGGAAAUCACGUCUUUGGAAGAGGCUUUAGAUCCCACCUCUCAGCCUUCCUCAUCCUGUGCUUCCUCCCCUGGGUCUCCUCACCCUUUUCGUUCUCUCCAGACUCUCCCAAAUGCUUCCUAGAAAAGACCAGGGUUGGUACAGGGGUUCAUAUUAAAGAGGAAAAGUUUUAUUUCCUCACAGUCCCUCUGAAACAAACUGAGCUUAAUCAGUACCCAGUGCUGAGGGAUCUGGUGGAGUUGGGAAAGGUCAGGGUGAGGUUCAUGGUUGGACUGGAGGAGCUUCGAGGGCUUUUCCAGCCGAGAUGAUUCUGGGAUUCUGUGAUUUUACUUCAUCUUGGAAUGGGAGCCCUGCACCCACACAUCAGCAUCCUGUAGAAAAUUUUCCCAAAACGUGAAUUAGGUAAUAAAAGGAGAAUUGAGUAGAGUAAGGGCGGCCUCUAAGAUCCCAACUAAGCUCCAGCUGACAGCAGCAGAGCCCCAAUUUAUGUGCAACCUCCCCC